UUUGUUUCACGGUUUCUUUUCAGACACAUGGAAACAUGGAUUUCUAAACUCUUCUUAAACAAAAAGGAGGACACCAGAAAAAUGGAGCCGCAAGCAAAACGGCAGAAAGUCUCGGAGUUUGACACCAACUCCUGGGCGGCUUAUCCCGUGCUGUCAGAUGAGCAGUCACAAGACGUGGAGCUGACGGCCGUGAUUGCAGCACCCAUCAUCAACAAGAAGGAGACGUCUCGACUGGUCAGCCAGCUCAACAGCCUCUACCCGCUGCCCGGCCUGCAGCACGUCAAGAGGGUGCGGCCGUGCAAGGACAAGGACAGCCCUCACCCUCUGGAGGUCCUGCUGUGCCUCGCGGGCGAGACGUCGGACACUAACGGUAUCAGCAUCGACUCGCUGUUGCCCGCAGAUGGACUCCGACGUGACAGCUUAGGGAAGCCUUUUGUGGUCCGCGUCCCUGCUCGUCCUCCGUUGACCCGACCCCAGUUUGAGCUGGCGAGCAAACACUGGCCCACGGCCUUUCACGAAGACAAGCAGGUGACUGUGGCCCUGAUGGGGGCGCUCUUCAGCCCCGCACAGAAAGCCAGGAUGCACUUUUACAUGCAGACUGCGGCGACUGCUGCUGCAGCAGGGAAGGAGUUGGGAAUGGAGGCGGUGGGGGCCGUUGUGGUCGACCCAACAGUGGAGAGAAUUAUGGCAGUGGGUCACGACUGUCGAGGCGACCAUCCGCUUCAUCACGCGGUCAUGGUCUGCAUUGACCUCGUGUCUCGGAGUCAGAAUGGAGGGUGUUUCUGUUUCGACAGAUACCCCGCCUGCCGCUUUACGCCAUCCAGCGGCGUAUCGGACUCGGGCACUCAGCCGUAUAUAUGUACCGGGUAUGACCUCUAUGUGACCAGAGAGCCUUGUGUCAUGUGUGCUAUGGCGCUGGUCCACUCCCGGAUAGGCCGCGUCUUCUACGGCGCCGCCUCCGCUGAUGGAGCUUUAGGGACCAAAUAUAAAAUUCACACUCAGAAAGAUUUGAACCAUCGCUUUGCAGUUUUCAGAGGAGUUUUAAGUCAACAAUGUGAAGCUCUGACGGGGUUCAGAGAAAAACGAGGAGAUUUAACACAAUGUCAUGUCUGACCAGUGGGUCUGGAACCAGCUAAUUCUGUCAUCACAACUUUAUCUACAAGGAAAUGGCAUUUUAAAGUUUUUAUGUUAAAAUAUUUUAUUCAUGUUUUGAUUGGUACAUUAAGAGCGUGUACCUACAGGUGUGGUCAGAAAUUUACAUACACCCAUUGGCAUGAAUGUCACGCCAACCUUGGGUUUCAGUGAUUCCUUUAUUUUUUUUGGGGGGGGGGGGGGGGGGGCAGAAUGACUUUACAACAUAGAUUUUUUUAUUAAAAAGGAAUUAUGUUUUUGUCCACUAGCGUUUAUUAUCUAAAUUAAACGUACAGUCUUUUAAUCUGUUAACUGAGUGGUGCUGAACAGUACAAUCAGAACAUUGAAGGGAAAAUGAUCAAUUAUUCACUUCAACAGCAGAAGCCUGUAUGCAGACUUUGUCCUUUGAUCAGCAACGUCCUGACACAUUACAGCUUUGUUAUGUGUAAAACUCUUACAUAUUGUAAAGAAUAUUUACACAAAUUUUCACAACCAUUCAACAGAAUUGCCAUGUUGGAAACACGGAUCAACAUGGAAAAAAGGGAUGGAUUUUGAGUUGGAGGGUUAUGAGCUCAGGUAUAAGAGAGUAAAUAAGAGCAGAGGCUGGGUAACCAUAGAUGUGGAUAGUAAUUAGAAUUUUAGGGUAUUUUAAAGGAUCAUGGCUGUGGGUGAUAAUCUGAGCACACAGUGGGGGAUGUUAAUCACCUGCACCCUUUGAUUCCACAAACAUCACAGCAUUCAUUCAUAAAAUCAAUGUCAACAAACCUUCCUUCACCAAAAAGGUACCUAAAAAUGCUGAACUGCACAUCCUGAGCCAACACCCAUUCCACACCUCUCAUCUUUGCCAGAAUUCACUGGAAUGAAAUCAGAGCUGUAUACAUGUAGUUUACUGAAUAUGUAGGCUGCUGUGUUUGUGCAGCAACUGCAAGACUGUCUUUUAAGAUCACAUCAAAUAAAAAGAAACACCUUCCAGUUCUCCAGUGAGAAUUUGGACUCAUUUAUGUUGCAUUACUGCCAUCUUCUGGUUUCAGUAAGAACUGCAUUAUAUUUUGUAUGCAUGUUAUGAUUUUUUUUAAAUGUACUAAAACAAAUUUUAAUAAGACGCUCGUAGGAUCCAAACCUAGUGAAUAGCAGUCCAGCAUUCAGAGAUUGAGGGAGAGUAGCGCCACCUAGAGUAGAACCUGGCUGUCCUAACUUUGUACCUGAGAAUUGUCUGCAGAACCUAUUAAAUCUCUUAAUCAUUAACAGAAUCAACAGUUAUAUUCGUUGUUACACUCCAUAUGCCGAUGCAGCUAUUAAGCAAAACCAGCAUUUUUAUUAUGUUUUCUAUCAUAAUUCCAUUUUUUUUUCUUUUUUAAACACCAACUGCAAAAGUGAUGAUUUAUGUAAUAUAUUAGAAUAUAUUAAUACAAUUUUUAGUUUGUCCAUUUACUCCUUUGUGAUUGUGUAGACAAAACAUAAAAAUAUUUAUAUCAAAAAUUCUACCAAAAGUUCUGGCAGAUGAGUCCCUACAACACAAGGUCAAUUUAGGUUGUUCCUCAGCUACUGACAAUGUGAACAUGACAUCACAAAACUGACCCCUAAUGGCUUGUGAUAAUGCUUCCUGAUAGUUUGCAAAAUAAUAAAUGCAAUAGUAAUAAUAAUUAUAACAAUACUCAUCAUUGUUAAUGCACAUUAAUCAUGUAUGAGUCAAUAUUUGUGUAUAUACACAUAAAUGAAAAGCGUCACACACAUUUCAAUGAAUGUAAACAUGCUGCGUUAGUUUUACUCAUCCAUAGUUAAAAUACUCCGACCCGUGCAUUUCUUGCAUAAAGCAAAUAAUUAACUAAUAGUUCUGUUUCUUCUUUCUCUGUAUUUGCCUUAACUUUAGUUCGUCUCUGUUCCUUCCAUCUGAAGGGAAACGAUACCCAAGUGAAGCAGCGCUUUCAGGGCACAAAGAUUUUUAAUAAGAUUAGAAACAAAGUGUAUUUAUAAGCUACAGCCACACAAAGCAGAACUUGCUGCUUUGCUCAAAGCAAAAGAUGAUCAUCUAAAGUUACAUGAAUAUAAUGUGAAGACUUACUGUACAUCUGUCAAUUUCCUUUCUACACACAGGACAAAACUCAAGGAAAAUGUCUGCCAUAAAUCGACUAAAUGAGUAAUGGUUCACAUACUGAAGAAAUCAUGCAAAUAUCAGAAAGGGGGGGGGUGUCAUUUCAUUCUUCACU